AUGGCACCCCGGAUAGAAGCUCAGGAAAUCGAGACAUACUGGAACAUCUUCUCAGCACGGACUGGCGGCGGCCAAUUCCUCACAGGAGAGCAAGCAGCGCCCGUACUCAAGAACAGCGGCCUCAACGACGCCCAACUCGAACGGGUGUGGGACCUUGCAGAUGUCGAUAACGAUGGCAACCUGGACUUUGAGGAGUUCUGCGUCGGCAUGCGGCUGAUCUUCGACAUCCUCAACGGCGAAUACAUGGACGUCCCCGCCACACUACCAGAUUGGAUGGUCCCGGAGUCGAAAGCACACCUUGUCCAAGCAAACCGUGCACUCACAGGCAAGGCAGCCCAGUUUGAACAAGUCGACGACGAUCCGGACGAGCUGGGCCUGAAGGAUGGCUUCGAUUGGUACAUUAGCCCUGCAGAUAGGGGCAAGUACGAGCAGAUAUAUCAGGAGAACCGGGACAUGCGUGGGGAGAUAUCCUUCGGCGCCUUACAAGACCUCUACGACAGCCUCGACGUCCCCGACACCGAUAUUCGCUCCGCAUGGAACCUAAUCAACCCCUCCGCCGCCUCCUCCGUCAACAAGGAUGCAUGCGUAGCCUUCCUGCACAUGCUCAACUACCGCCACGAGGGCUACCGGAUCCCGCGCACGGUGCCCGCCUCCCUCCGCGCGUCCUUCGAGCGCAACCAGAUUGACUAUCAGAUCGACAACCAGCGCACCGCCGCGCAGAGCCGGUGGGCCGUCAAGGCCGACAACGAGACCGCCACGGGCCGCAAGGCCAAGUUUGGCGACCAGUACCUGACGCGGCUGGGGCGUAGCGGGUUUAAGAGCUCCGGCACCGACUUCUCCACCGAGAAGACCGACGACUGGGAGGAGGUCAGGCUGAAGAAGCAGCUGGCCGACCUGGAGGCCAAGAUCGAGAAGGUCGAGUCUUCGGCCGAGAUAAGGUCCAGCGGGAAGAGGGAGAGCAAGCCCGCGCUGGUCAAGAGGGAGCUGGAGCAGCUCCUGGAGUACAAACGGAAGCAGUUGAGGGAUUUGGAGGAAGGAGCAAGCAAAGGGGCCGGUGGCAACAGCCUGAAAGGCAUCCAGGACGACCUGCAGACGGUGAAGGAGCAGGUUGAGGGCCUGGAGACGCACCUGAGGUCGAGGGAACAGGUGCUGGAGCAGAUCCGGCGGGAGAUCGAGGACGAGAAGGCGAACAGAUGA